UCGAAGUCAAGGUCAACGAAGAGAAUGCAAUGAGAGAACAACAAUACUGAAAACAACUAAACUCUCAAAUUCAAAUCAAUGAUCAUAAAUUGCAUCAGUUGAUAGUUUCAGAUUUCAAUAAUAAAACCUAGAUUCCCGUUAUUACAAUAAUAUUCAUCAGUUUUGUUUUUCUUUCUGUUCGUAGCGAUUAUUACCGCAGCCCGACAAAUUCCAGCCCAAUCAGGGCCCAAUGAUGACUCCCAAAUUUCAAAACGUAGUCUCCACGGCGGCGUCCGUGGCGGCCACCGUGAUGCUCCUCCGCUCUUUCACCCGCAAUUACAUUCCCCCGGAGUUCCAAAACUACCUCCACUCAAAACUAUCAAAACUCCUCUCCUCCUUCUCCACGGAACUCACCCUCGUUAUCGACGAAUUCGACGGGCUCACUACGAACCCGCUCUUCGCCGCGGCGCAGCUCUACCUCAAGCCGCAGGAGGCGCCGAACACGAAGCGCUUCCGCGCCACGAUGCCUUCGAAAUCGCGCCACGUGUCCCUUCUCAUGGACGGCAACGACGAGAUCACGGACUCCUUCAACGGCGUGCCGUUCCGGUGGAGGCUCGUGUCCCGACGCGGCAAAUCGAAUUUCGCGGUGCACUUCUUCGAGGUGCGGUUCCACAAGAAGCACCGGGAGAUGGUUCUGUCGAAGUAUUUUCCGCGCGUGAUGAAGGAGGCGGAGGCGGCGCGUGAGCGGAGGAAGACGCCGAGGCUCUUCACGGUGAAGGACAAGCGGUUUCGGAGGGGAGGGAGGGGAGGGAGGGGGGAGAUGUGGCAGGGCGUGAAUAUUGAGCACCCUGCGACGUUUGCGACUGUGGCGAUGGAUUGGGAAUUGAAGGAGAUGAUAAUUAGGGAUUUGGAUAGGUUUGUGGAGAGGAAGGGUUUAUAUAAGAGUGUUGGGAAGGCGUGGAAGAGAGGGUACUUGCUUUCGGGUCCCCCUGGAACUGGGAAAUCGAGUUUGAUUGCUGCUAUGGCUAAUUAUCUGAAUUUCGAUGUCUAUGACUUGGAACUCACUGCUGUUAAUGGAAAUUCUGACCUUAGGAGUUUGUUGAUUGCCACCAGCAACCGUUCCAUUCUUGUUGUGGAAGACAUUGAUUGCUCCCCUCAAUUGCAGGAUAGGCUUGCAGAACCUAAAUCAUCACAACCCCAUCGCUUCAUCCCACGCCAUUUUCACUCAUUUCCAGCACCCCAGUUGCAGGUGACAUUAUCGGGGUUCCUGAAUUUCAUAGAUGGGUUGUGGUCGAGUUGUGGGAAUGAGAGGAUCGUAGUGUUCACCACGAAUCAUAAGGAGAAAUUGGACCCUGCUCUCUUGCGCCCUGGGCGUAUGGAUGUGCACAUUGACAUGACUUACUGCACCCCAGAUGGGUUCAAAAUGCUGGCUUCCAAUUACCUUGGGAUCACGGAGCACCCACUUUUUGUUCAAAUUGAGAACUUGCUUGGGAUGAUCGAUGUCGCUCCGGCGGAGGUAGGGGAGCAGUUUUUGCGGGACGAAGAUCCGGAUAUUGCACUCAACAGCCUGAUAGAGCUCCUUCUUGAGAAGAAACCAAAUCAUGAAUUGCAGAUAAAAGUACCUCUCACCGUUGAAUGAUUUGAGUCAAGUGAAAUGAAGAUCAUAACAUACACUUGGUGCAAUUAGACUUAUAACUAUAAUUUGUAUAAAGAAACAACAAAAAAUUAAGGAGAAACUAUAGAUAAACAUAGUGUUCUAAGGAUUAAACCCAUCCAGUUGAUUUAAAGAAUUUCUUUAGUGUGACACUGAAGAGAGAUAAUUUUGUUUUCCGUUGAAAAGAA